AUGUUCGGGAAUGUCGGCAUGGACAUGCGGCCAACAGUCACCCCAGCCGUAACAGCCUCGUACGUGGAUCAUAUGGAUUCUACAACACAAUAUGUAAAUGAUCAACAGAGGGGCUACCGACCCUUGGCUAUUGCGGUGGCCGAAACAUCUUAUCCUGCGGUGUUGGUGGCCGGACUGGCCGUUGGACUGGGUCGUAUACCCCAAACCAUCAGGGAUCUACACGUAAAAUACGGCAAAGUGAUUCGCAUUGCCCCGGACGAACUGUCAUUCGUCGAUGGCGACGCCUGGAAACCCAUAUAUGGAACUCGUCCCGGCCAUGGCCAAAAGCCAAAGGAUGUCCGGGUAUUCCCACCCACCGCAAAUAAUGUCCCCAGCAUCAUCCAAUCCAACGAUGCGGAUCAUUCUCGAUUCAGGCGUCUACUAUCGCAUGCAUUCUCCGGAAAUAACCGAGGCCAAGAGCCAAUCGUCAGAGGCUACAUCGAUCUUUUGAUUCAGCGUCUGCAUGAGAAUGCCAAUGAUGAGAACAAGCCCGUCGACAUGGUGUCGUGGUACAACUACACCACGUUCGACGUUAUCGGGGACCUAGCAUUUGGGGAGCCAUUUGGUUGUCUCGAAGAGUCCAGAUACCAUCCAUGGGGGGAUACUAUCGCGGGGAAUGGGUUCCUGGGGGCACAAUUACUUCCUGUAUAUCAACUCGCGGCAUACCAUUCAUUGUCAAAUUUCACCGAGCCUGAUAGCUUCAUUCCAGAGCGUUUUUGGGUGACCCUCGGUUCGAAAACGACUCUGGCAUACGUUGAGAUGCGUUUCUAUUUUGGCGCGGGUCAUCAUGCGAUGGUGGAUGUGAUCUUGUAG